CCUCUAAUAACACGGGGAGCUGUCCGCGGUGCUUAAACCAGACUUGAAGCGCGAGGCAGAGAGAUGCUCAACUCACCCACGAGCCUCGACACAAACUAAGAACAGAAGACGUCACCAUGCCGUCACUCCCUCAGACCUCACCAACAGGCAGGCCGUUCCUCAUCUACUUGGCCAGCCCUCUCUUGAUCUCCCUCUUCCUCACUUUCGCUGGUGUUGACGGUGCCUCCAUCCGAGACCACAGGCUCCGGGGAAGUGAAUCUGACUCACAGCAAGGAGAUGUCCUCCGGGCUCCUGACACAGAUAUGCUGAAAGCGUUGGAGUACAUCGAAAGCCUCCACCAAAGAGCACCUCCCGUUGCACAGCACGAUGUCAGCCGUAUGGACGACGCUGAAAAGCUGCGUGCCAUGCUGAGACUGGCUUCUAACCCGACACAGAGGCAAGAUGAGCAGGAAGAGCAGGAGGAUCAGGAAAGGGAGGAUAAAAGUGAGGAGUUGCUCCAAGCUGUGCUCAACACUCUCCAGCAAACGGAGAAGGCUGCGAGGCCGGCUCUGCUCCGACCAGCCCCAGAGGGAAUGAGCUUGAGUUAUCCCAGAAUGCCACAGAGACAAAUAGACACAACAGCCCACAAGAAGCUGCCUUUGUUGUUUGAGGAUGAGGAAGAAGGGGAGGGGGGUGAGGAAGAGGACGGGGAAGAUGCGAGACGUGAGGGUAGCUUCAAGCGCACCAAAGAGAACGUAGAAGAGAAGUACACGCCUCAGAACUUGGCCACGCUGCAGUCCGUGUUUGACGAGCUGGAUAAGCUGACAGGCGCAAAGACCCUGCAGAAGCGCGAGGAUGAAGACGAUGACAUGGGGGAGGAUGAAACAGAGGAAGAUGAAGAUAUGUUUAGUUUAAGGAACGCAGAUUAUGACGACAUAGACAGAGAUCUCACAGAUUGGGGUCCAUUAGACGAACAGGAGGAAGAGGAGGAUGAAGAGAGGGGCGGUAACCAGGACGUUGAUAGGGGGCUUGAUUACACUGAUGAAGAAGCUGAAGAUGAUGAUGAUGAUAAUGAUGACGAAGGCAAUGACAGCUUUCCAGUUAAAAGAUCAAGUGAUGCGGAUGACGUGGCGAACUUGGUGGACUAUUACCUCUUAAAAGUGCUCGAGAAAACAGAGGAAGAGCAGCAGAAACGAGAACUAGCCGAGGAAGAGGAGAGGACUGUGAGGAGGGUGCCUCAGAAUCAGUAUCGAGAUAAUAUUGACCCACGAGUCAUCUAUCAGCUUCUUGCUCUCUCCCAAAAAUACCAGAUUCCUCCCGAAGACCUGAUGGACUUGCUCAGACCCAGAGACCAAAUGAAUCAAGGCAAGCCGAGAAAAAACAAUGAGUUAUCACCAUCAGAGAGCAAGUUCUCUCCCAUCUCCCCAAAGAAGGCGACUCCUGCUGCCAAAUUCUACAACAGGCGCCCACCUUAUGCGCGAAAGACCCCGGAACAGCUGAGAACCGAGGAAAUCCUCAAAAUACUGGGAAUGGAAGGGGAGGAGGAUCCAGCUCCUGCCAGAAAGCUGAGGCAGCACAAGAUCUCCCCGUCACAACUUCACACUCAUCCUACCGGGCGUUUGAGGGAAUCCGCACCCACGCAACGGCGCCUUCCCAACACUUUCAGAGAUGACUACGACGACACCGUCGACGAGGAUGAGCUGGCAGCUUAUUUAGCAGCUCAGAUGCUGGCAAGGUACCCCAAACCUGACUUUAGCAAAAACAAGGCCCCCCAAAAAAGAGAGGAAGUUGGACAGACAUCGGGGGGCUCCUUAGAAAAGGCAAUAGAGGAAUACUUUGACCUGAUGGACACCGUGAAGAGCCCGAAAGAAAAAAGACAGUCAGAGGACGCGGAGAGGGGCGGAGAGACACAAACUCAGAGCUUGGAGAAUGAAGCUGUGAUGAAAGUGCUGAGUUACCUGAACCCAGAAACAGAAGAAAGCGAUGCCACAGUUGUAAAAGGAAUUUAAUCAGGGGCAUAGAUUCAGAUUCUAUAUUGUUUAGGUGUUGGGGGGGGGGGGGGGGGG